AUGGAAAAGUUUUCGAGUUUGCCACAGGUACACAUCAAGAAUGUAGAUUUCGUCAAGAGAAAGUUGGCCAAGAUUUCUGCAGACGGAUCAGAUUUGCUACAGGUGCUGUCCGAUUUUGAUUUCACCAUAUCGCGUUCUCGCCUGGCGGAUGGCAGCGACGCGUGGACCACCUACUCAGCAUUCGACUUGAAGUGCGGUCUGAUCAGAGAAGAGUUGGCAGACAAGUUGAGCCAGUUGCGCGACCAUUUCAGACCCAUCGAGUUUGACUACAGUUUGCCGCUUGAAGUGAAGAUUCCGUACAUGGAGGAAUGGUGAGC